AUGGAGUUCUCAAUCGAGUUACAAGAUCAUGAAGGCGUUGUACAUCGAGAAUUUCGUUCCACAUUCAGUUAUCAGGAUACUUUGUAUCAUUUAAAUGGAGAAGUUCAGUCGAAGUUGAAUAUCGACCGGAAAUAUCAAGAGCUGUUUCUCGAAGGCCAAAGACUCGGUGGAUUUAGCGAAGACAAACUUCAAACCUUGGGACUGAAACAUCGCUCUAAGGUUGUUGUGAGACAUAACAUGGUCGCUAGUUGGAAAGCAUUCGUGGACACUUUUGAACUGGCUCGACAAGCUUCAGCACAAAAACAGUUCAUUCGACUUGAGAGAACGGUUGGUCAAGCCUUGGGACAUCUGAUGCCACUCGUCGACGCAAAAUUAUUGGUCGCCUACCCACAAUUCGACCUAAUUUUUCGUCAAUUCGAAGGGAACUUCUCUCGAUACAUGGAUCAAGAAUACAAGUUUAUUGAAUCAGCAGCACACAAAUAUUUCUCCAAAGUUUUUGCCGACAACCCAGAAUGCCCAACUCUUCACAUCAAAUGUGAAAAGAAGGGACCAGAAGAGGAUGGAGUCCAAGGUGGCCUUAUUUGUUAUAUUAUGCGGAGUAAAUCACCAAUUGGAAAGUUCUAUGUGAAGGAACAUAUGGCUCAUGCGACUGGUCAGCAUGCUGACUUACGAGAACUUUUUGUGUAUAAACUCCUCGAGCUGAUAGGAGUUGGGCCGAAGGUUCAUUUCAUACCCAAUGUACACUAUUCUUCUUUUGGACUGUAUAUAGGAACCGAAGAAGUACCUAGUUUCCGAAGAGCAGACACUAAUGGACUGGAGAUAAGUAGCGAAGUGCACGCUCAGAGAGCCUUGCUACGUCGUUUGCUGUUUGUGAAGGAUUUGCACUCAAAGAAUUAUGGACUAAAUGGUGACGGGAAACUGAGCAUUAUUGAUAUUCAAGACUUUGUCCAGCCUGAAAUGGUGCACAAGUAUUUGGAAGGGUACCAGAGCUGGAAAGGAAGCAAAGAAAUACGGAUUCAAGUGGCGAAGGAUUGCAUUCAAAACUGGAAUCUUCAGGAAAAUUUCGAAAGAGCAAAUACAGCGAUCUCAAUGCAAAAGGAGUUAUUCAAAAUGCAUUCCGUAAGCUAUAAGCCGAGUAGAAACUUUGAUGAUUACUUUGUGCAAAUUAAUAACAAUCUGAAUGCUCUGAUGGAACGUCUGAAAUGA